AUGUCUGAGACUCAUUCUGUCUUUGAGCCAACCAGGAGUGAAAGAGCACUCUACCUGCUCACCAGGAACCCAGCUAUGUCCUUUCUGUCAACAAGUCCAGCUGUUAUCCUCCUGGGGAUGCUCAUGGCCAUGGCUACUGCUGUCACCACCACCGAACCUCCAGAGAAAACCAAAGAGCUCAUUCAGUUUCUUCUUGUAGAAAUCGAUAUACUGGAAGGAGAGGAGAGCAGCUUGUUCUAUGAGCCAACAGACAUCUGCAAAAGCAAAGUGGCACUGUCAAAAAAUGAUAUGAGCAUUCCAAUGUUGACAGACCAGGACAGAUGCUUAUAUACUAUGUUUGAUAAGGUAUACCUGAAAUACCUCUACAGCAAUUUUCAUGACAAAGCAACCACCAAAUCCCUGCCAUUAGAUACCAGAGUCCUGUUUGACAUCCUGCACAGAGAGGUUUCAUGUUCAUGUUCAAUAACCCCUUCUGACUCAGCGGUCACUACCAGCAUAGCAGAAAAACUAAAGGCAUUGAAGAGAACAGCCAUGCGCCUCAUCCUAUGUGGCCUUAACAAGUUCUUGCAGUACACCAUGAGGGCUUUUCACACAAAUUAG